UUUUUUUUUUUUUUCUUUUUUAUACAUCUCUAAAAUGCCUUUUCGUUGCAGAUGUGGAAGAACAUUUGAAAAGACAGAUACGUUUGCUACUCAUACAUCCUCAUGCGCUCCAUUUCACCGCCGUCGUAUGUCUGAUACAUCAUUUCAAUCUGUAAAUACUCCUCAACAACCUCAAUCAAGACAUAGUUCACUCCCUUUUAUCAACACAUCUUCCAUUGCUGAAUCCUUUACGAAUUUUCUAUCUUCUCCUACUAAAGAAACCCCUCCAGAUAACCUGUCUACUUCAAUGCCAUCUCUUUUUAUGCCAACUGCUUUAUCUAUUCAAAAUGCAUUUGAAAGAAGAAGGUCAAUGUCUUAUAACGAUGAAAAGAAAUAAUAAUAAUAAAAAAAAGAAAUCAUUUAUGCAUAUUUAACUGUCACAGG